AGCCGCUUGCGCUUAGGUGGUGGUCCGGCAGAGGGCGCCAGACAGCCACCUUGCGUCCCUAGGGAGAAGGAGGGGUAGGUGGGCGGAACCGCUGUUUCCCACCCGCAACCUGCACCUGCAUGGGCGGUCGGAGGGCCAGACCAGGAGGGCAGACACGACUCGUUCCAGCAUCUUCGUUGGCACCACCAACCUACCUGUUGUAGUAAACCAGGUCAGAGAUGGACUUGCCCAGACAGCUGGGGCAGAGCAAAGCUGCAGGCUUUCCCCAGAGCUUGGGAGCAAGGCUCCUGGAACCCUGGUGCUGGGGAACAGCCUGUCAAUCAAAGUGUCCCUGUCUGAUGGGGGAGGCCGAGCCGGCCAAUCAGAGGGUCCCUGCCAGAAGGCGGAGCCUGCCAAUCGGGGUACCAGGCAAGGAGCCACGGAAAUUAUCUGAUCUUGGGGGUCGGGGGUGCGCUCUAACGCUCCAGGGAAGAGUGGGAUAUGUGCUUGCGGCUGAGCACUGUGUUUCUCAGUUGCCUCAGUUUCCCUGGGAAUGAAAGGUAAACGCCCUGAGCCAAGACCCUAUCAGGAAGGAAACUGAGGGUGGGAGGUGGGCUGGGUGGCUGCCUGGCGGAGGCGGUGGCGGCGGCUGCUGGAAGGGACUGGACCUCUCCUAGCUCCACCCCCCCGAGCCUGCCCCCGUCCCCGCCCCGGAGCUCUCAGCCCCAGCGCUCUGCCCGGCGCGCGGUAGUCAGUGCUGAGGGCUCCGGGCCAUGAACGCCCCUGGGGGCCCUGGCCCGGGCCCGGGUAGGAAGGAACUUAAGAUCGUGGUCGUGGGCGACGGCGGCUGCGGCAAGACUUCACUGCUCAUGGUGUACAGCCAGGGAUCAUUCCCCGAGCACUACGCCCCAUCCGUGUUCGAGAAGUACUCGGCCAGCGUGACCGUGGGCAGCAAGGAGGUGACCCUGAACCUGUAUGACACCGCCGGGCAGGAAGAUUAUGACCGGCUGCGGCCCCUGUCCUACCAGAACACCCACCUCGUGCUCAUCUGCUAUGAUGUCAUGAACCCCACCAGCUAUGACAAUGUCCUCAUCAAGUGGUUCCCUGAGGUCACCCAUUUCUGCCGUGGGAUCCCCAUGGUGCUCAUUGGUUGUAAGACAGACUUGAGGAAGGACAAGGAGCAGCUGCGAAAACUCCGGGCAGCCCAGAUGGAGCCCAUCACUUACUUGCAGGGUCAGAGUGCCUGCGAACAGAUCCGAGCUGCCCUCUACCUGGAAUGUUCUGCCAAGUUUCGGGAGAAUGUAGAGGACAUCUUCCGAGAGGCUGCCAAGGUUGCCCUCAGCGCUCUGAAGAAAACGCAGCGGCAGAAACACCACCGGCUCUGCCUGCUGCUCUGACCCUUUGGGCAGGGCACACAACCCUCCCAGCAAGACUGACAAGGCCCAGGUCCCCAGGCCCAGACUGCUCCCCAGGGCACUUGGAGUUGGUCUCUCCAGUGCCUGGUGGCUGGAGCCUAUGGCUAGACUCUUAAGAACAUUCUGGAACUCUCUCCUUUCCCAGCUGGGGCUCCAACCAUGAACUUGCCUCUGAUAUAUCAGUGGAGUUGUGGCUUGUGUGGUGGUGGGUGAGGGGGUCUGGACUCAGUCCCUCUGUAACCUGAAACCAGCACUGGUCCCAGGACUCAGGCAUGCCCUCUCCACAAUCUCCACCAGACAUGUACAACCUCCUUUGCACAUCCUGUGGCUCCUCAAAGCCUACACUUGAAAUGAAGAACUCCAUCUGGUACGUGGGUCAAUGUAGAUUUGGCCCCCCAAGCCUGCUGCUCCCACAUCACCCUCCCUGGGCUCCCAAGAUAGGCGAGGCUGCAUCCUCCAGCUUCUUCCUUACCCCAGGAACUCUGGGGUCAGUCACAACGGGACCCAGACCUAUCAGGAGAACACAGGCAACAGCCCCGGACAUGAGGGCCAGGGCCAGCCCCCACCACCCUGACUCCGCCGCACACAGAAGACUUCAGGCUCAACCUUGGGCUUGGUUGCCAUCUUUCCAGAGCUGGGUGCAUGUGACCAAAGGGGAGAAGAAACUCUCAAAAUGCGAAAAGUAUACCCAGGACCACCCAUCCCAACCCCUGCUUGGGGUCUCCUCACCUGCAAGGCCCUACUGCCAGGAACUCAAGGUUUAAAGGGGUAUCAGCUCUGAGUGAUCAUGGGCAAACCAGCUCUAUCUUUACACUGUUUCCCUAUCUGCAAAAGGACAUUAUUGGCUCAUCUAAACAGACAUCAGCCUCCAUCUGCCCAGUUCAGCCUCCACUUCACCCAGAUGAGGAAUUCUGGAGCUGAGACCACCCUGGCCUCCUGCUAGAACAAACCUGAUCAAUCCCCAGCUGAUUUAUGAACCUCUUUCUGA